AUGGCGGCGGAGGGGGAGGGCAAGAACCCGGCGGGCGGCGGCGGAGGGGAUAACCCCCAGCACCAGCAGGCAGUGCAGGCUGCGCCGGCGCCGGCGCCGCCGGCGGCACAGGGGGAAGCGGCGCAGGAGGCUGGAGGGCAGGGGACGGGACUAGAGCCGGAGGGGGAGAAGGCGGAUCGAGGCGGGGAGGGCGGCGGCGCGGGGGAGAAGGACGACGCCGCGUGCAGAGAUCUGGUCCUCAUCGAGGAUCCGGAGGUGGUCGCCGUCGAGGAUCCGGAGGAAGCUGCAGCAACCGCAGCACUUCAGGAAGAAAUGAAAACGCUUGUGGCAUCGAUCCCUGAUGGUGCUGGGGCAGCAUUCACAGCCAUGCAGCUUCAGGAGCUAGAGCAGCAGUCCCGGGUGUAUCAGUACAUGGCUGCUCGAGUACCUGUGCCUACUCACCUCGUCUUCCCCGUAUGGAAGAGUGUAACUGGUGCAUCCUCUGAAGGCGCACAGAAGUACCCUACUCUGAUGGGCUUAGCAACACUGUGUUUGGACUUUGGGAAGAACCCAGAACCAGAACCAGGGAGGUGUCGGCGAACAGAUGGUAAAAAAUGGCGAUGUUGGAGAAGCACUAUCCCAAAUGAGAAAUACUGUGAACGUCAUAUGCAUCGUGGUCGCAAGCGUCCUGUACAGGUUGUCGUUGAGGACGAUGAGCCUGAUUCUGCUUCAGGGUCAAAAUCCGCUCCUGGCAAGGCUACCGAAGGUGCCAAGAAGGCUGAUGACAAGAGCCCUAGUAGCAAGAAGCUUGCAGUGGCAGCACCAGCUGCUGUGCAGUCUACAUAA